AGGAUGUUUCCGAGGUUUCUGAAAAUGCUCUUCGUCCCGUGAGCCUCCCGGGAGAUCUCCGAGCAACGGAAGGUGGACCGAUUUUACCCGCCUGUCUGGUAAUUUCGAGAAAUGAGAGCCCCGUGGCUCGUCCUGAUCCUCGCCGAGAUCCCGGACUCGUUGUCGCUCCUGCGGGAGGCGGUGUGUCACCGUAAUGACUCCGACUUAAGUGCCACUGGUCAAAGGUCAGGGGAGACUUUACCCAGGCGUAAACGGGAACUCGCUUUUCCGAAGGGGAGCGCCUUCGUGGUAACCUUGACCCUGCUGAAAGCUAUUCAGAUUACUGAGCCUAGCAACUGGAAUCUCGAUUUGGAAUUCGAUAUGAUAUGGCCUAUACCUAGUCGAGAAGAUUUGAGGAAAACUGUAAUCAAAAGACCGUCCAAGCUAAAACGACGACAUAGACGCGAACUUUAUGCCAAUCUUGAAUUAGCAUUGAACGGUCAAAACUUGCCUGGACGAUCCUGUAUUCUUCGUGCGAUUUGUGAAGUGGAAACAGUGUUAAGUCCUCCAGGAUUUUCAAUUAUCGAAGAUGUUAUACGAAUUAUUUUAAGAAAUUUCGAGGAUGUUAAUGAUCACGACUGUUAUGAUAUUGCAUAUCGAACAAAAAAUGAUUGCGAGAUUGUCUACCCUUGUCCGUUUUCAUUGUUGAAAUUAUUGUUAUACAAUUUAUAUACAGAAAAUAAAUGA